UCAACCUCUUACAAUAACUUGGUAUUCAAUACCCUUUCCAGCUUUAAGAAAAAUGAGUAACCACCAGGGAAGAUGCAGUUCAAGCUCAGCCAUAGUUGUUGCUUGCACUCUCAUUUUGGUCUUAGCUCAAUCGGAGAUCACUCAGGCUAAAACUUUUACAGUGGGUGAUGCUUCAGGCUGGAGUUUUAACGUUCAAAGUUGGACAAAGGGGAAAAAGUUCAAGGCCGGAGAUGCUCUUGUGUUCAAUUACGAUCCAUCGGUGCAUAAUGUUGCAGCAGUUGAUAUGAAUGGCUACAACAGUUGCUCAGCUUCUCCAAGCUCUGCGGUUUACGGCAGUGGAAAUGAUGAGAUAAAACUGUCGAAAGGAAGAAAUUAUUUCAUUUGCAGCAUUCCAGGCCAUUGUGAUGGGGGGUUGAAGAUUGCUGUCGAUGCUGCUUGAAAGUGGAAACAAUGUCAAUUCAUCCAUACCCAAUUUAAUCCUGGUUGGUGGAUGGUGCAUGUGCUUUAAUAAAUAAUAGGUUAUCUUUUAUUUUAUCUUCUCUUCCAACUACUAUUUUCACUAGCAUAUAUAUGUAUAAUGUUUAUCUAUAAUAAAAUCAAGAUGUGUUUUGUAACA